AUCUCCACUAUAGCAGAAAGUGAAGAUUCACAGGAAUCAGUAGACAGUGUCACAGACUCACAGAAACGAAGAGAAAUUCUUUCCAGGCGACCCUCCUACAGAAAAAUUUUGAAUGACUUGUCCUCAGACGCCCCAGGAGUGCCAAGGAUUGAAGAAGAAAAGUCUGAAGAGGAAACAGCAGCACCUGCCAUCGCCACUGUUACGGUGCCAACUCCCAUUUACCAAACCAGCAGUGGGCAGUACAUUGCUAUUACCCAAGGAGGAGCAAUACAGUUGUCUAACAAUGGCACAGAUGGAGUACAAGGUCUCCAGACAUUGACUAUGACCAACGCAGCUGCAACCCAACCUGGCACCACCAUCUUACAAUAUGCACAGACCACAGAUGGACAACAGAUACUUGUACCCAGCAACCAAGUGGUUGUACAAGCUGCCUCAGGAGACGUGCAGACAUACCAGAUCCGCACCACCCCUACCAGCACCAUUGCACCAGGCGUAGUUAUGGCAUCCUCUCCAGCACUUCCAACCCAGCCAGCAGAAGAGGCCGCACGGAAGAGAGAAGUGCGUCUAAUGAAGAACAGAGAGGCCGCACGUGAAUGUCGCAGGAAGAAAAAGGAGUACGUGAAGUGUCUAGAAAAUCGAGUGGCUGUGCUUGAAAACCAAAACAAGACACUGAUUGAGGAGUUGAAAGCACUUAAGGACCUUUACUGCCACAAAUCGGAUUAAUUUUGGAUUCCCAUUUUCACUUGUGCAGGUGGGAUAGAGACUGGUUCUGACUAUACCCAGAAAGACAAAGUAAACUUUUUAUUUUCUAAACAUUUCUUUUUUUCUAUGCGCAAAACUGCCUGAAGCAACUACAGAAUAUACUUCAUCUGUGCUUUGCAUCAAACUGUGAAUGUUCAAGUACUUGCCUCCACUUCUCCCCCUACAAGAUUAUUUUCAUCAUCGAUCUCAGCGUGAAGAAGAACAGGCUUCUUUUUCGUCUCCCCGUCCUCUUCAAGGAGUAACAGUGAUCACUUAGGAAGCUACUGUGGGGAGGGUCCUUUUGUAAUGAUUUCAAGAAUUUGUGCUGAGCUCUUUCCAUUGCCUUAGAGACAGAACCACCCCAGCCUCUUGGUCCAGAGAACUGUGGGCCACACACGUGGAGCAUGCAUGGUGCAAUGAAGAAGCGAUGGUUGCCAAAUUGGUUUCACAUACUCAUUAUGAACUGUAAAAAUACACAGCUAAGCAGCAUGCCAAAUGAAAGGCGCUUCACAGUCAUGUUCUUGGUGUGGAGAAAACAUACCUUUUUCAACCUAGCCCAGGAGGGGUUUCGAUUUGUGAUCGUUAUUAAGCCCUCCUGGACUAGUAGAAAUGUCUCCAUACCUCAGAAACAAAUGUGUUAAAAUGAGUUGCACUGGUCAGUCGCGUGCAAGUGUGUUCAGCAUUCUGAAUGCACAAAAAGCAAACACCAACUUCAUAGGAUAAUUUUUUGGGAAAUGAUAUUUGGAUGG